AUGUUCAUUGUUGCUAGACGUGCGCCCCCCCCUCCCCUUCACUGGCCCCCUCUGCUGCGCAGCACUUUCUACGAGACAAGGCCCAUCGCCAAGAUGAGUUCAAACAACUCAUUCUUGCUAGACGUGCACCUUCUCCUGCACGGGCCCCCGGCACCGCACACCAUGGUGCCCCGCGGGCCCUUCCGCCGGGGCCCCCGACGCCGCACGCGGGGGCCCCGAGCCCUGGGCUCUGGCCUCGAGCCCUGUGGCCGGGCCGUCGAGUCCUGGACUCCGGCCGACACGUUUCGGUGCUUCCUGGUCGGGCGAGGGCUCCCCGACGUCUUCGCGCAGCUUGCGUAG